ACGAACGUAGUAUGGAAGGAAAUUGUCAAUGGCAGCAUAUAAUGACAGAUGACGUGGCCAGAUUCCAAUGUAUCAUCAUCACCUACCUACUAGUACUAGCCUUCUUCCCAAACUUACUUUUUGUGAAAAAUGAAUCGAUGUCAAACCAAAUGAUUGGUGAUGAACUAGUGAUAAUAUCUUUGUGUAACGAUGAUUGACGUUUGUAUCUCGUUGUUAUGGAUAGCAUUCCUGAUUAUCAUAUUCUAUGAGGUAGCUGAUGUGAAGAAGAACAUAGAGACUGUGCAGGGAGCUGACGUUUAUCCUGCUGCGAAACUGAUGCUUAUUUACCAAGGGAAAGUGCUUAAAGAUGAGACCACCAUUGAGGAGAACAAAGUUGCUGAGAGCAGUUUUAUUGUCAUUAUGAUGACCAAGGGCCGGGACUGGGUUAAACAUGUAGAGUAAACCUGCCUCAACUGGAGCAUCUAGUGCAUCUGUUGGCUCUUCAUACAGGUGAGAGCCGGUUCUGUUGUUCUUUGCAUCAUCAUAAGCAAUGAGAUGCUGCAAUUUGUUUGAUGAAUGAUCUAACUUUUACCAUUGUACCUACCUCUUCAACUUCCCCUCAGCCUCCAGCUUCUGUAGCAAUGUGAGUUCAAAGGACAAG